AUGUGCGGUGACGACAAGUUCAUCAACACUUCCGCUAACACCCAAAACCCAUCCCAAGAACAAGAAGAAGCCAUGACUUCCAUCCUUUCCACCUCCAAUGCCGAGCAGUACUACUCCCAGGGACUGCGAGGGCGUUUCCAAGUCGACGCCCUCCGCAUCCCCACAAUCGCAAGCCCCUCUCAAAAGUUCGCAGACAUUGACUACGAAUUCACCGAGGAAGACUACCGAAAGCGCACCGAGGCUGUCCUCCGCGCCGGUGGUCUUGAAACCCAUCUCCCCGCUGGGUUUCCCCGUGCUGUGGAUGGCCCCAUGACUUGGUCCGGCGCCGAUUUUCCCAAUGAGGAUGCCUAUGUCGUUCAUCUUACCGAUGAAUGGAAGGCCGAGAUUAAAUCUGCCUUGGACCAUUUUCUCUCUCUCGGCCUUCCGAACACCGUGGUCGGCCCCGCUAAUUUCCCCCUUCCGACCCUCGGGCCCCGUCUCAUCCAAAUCCGCGACGAUAUCUACUAUGGUCGCGGUUUCUCUAUCCUCCGUGGCCUCGAUGUCGAUUCCUAUUCCAACGAAGACGGCAUCACUGUCUGCCUUGGCAUCACCUCGUAUGUUGCCCCGACUCGAGGCAAGCAGAAUCAACGAGGAGACAUGAUCAUGCAUGUCAUCAACACGGAUGAGGAUGAUGUCGUGGCUAAUAAGACGGUGGAAAAGCCCUUCCACACCGAUACCGUCUGUGACGUUCUUUGCUUGUUCACCAAGGCUUGCGCCUCUGUUGGUGGUAGGAGCGUCAUGGCGUCCGUGGGCAAAGUCUACAACGAAAUUGCAGCCACUCGCCCUGACAUCAUCCAUGCCCUCGUCAAGCCCGAUUGGCCCUUCGAUACUUAUGGUCGAAGCCCCGCCUACUACAAGCGUGCCCUCCUCUACCACCAAGACGAGAGGCUCCUCAUGAACUUCUCCCGCCGCCUGCUCACGGGCUCGGCUCCCCGCGAUCCCCGCAGUCCCGGGAUCCCCGGCCUCACCGAACGCCAGGCCGAGGCUCUCGACGCCGUGCACGCCAUCUCCCGCGCCCACGAGAUUCGCACGGUCAUGAUGAAGGGAGAUAUUCGCUUCCUGAACAACAUGGGCAUCGUACAUCGCCGCGAGUCCUUCGAGGACGGCGAGGGUUCUCGUCGUCAUCUCGUCAGACUGUGGCUGAACAACGAGGAGCACUGCUGGAAACUUCCGGCUCCCCUCCGCCUUGCAUGGGCUCGAGUCUUUGAGGAUGAGGAGAGGGAGACGCACUGGGCCUUCAGCCCCUUUGGGAAGGACGGCAAGUAUCUUAGGCCGACUGUUUCGUGUGAUUAA